AUGGAUCAGCAGAUGAAAACAGGUGGAUGUAGAUUUCUGCGUGCAUUACAAAGCGAUGACUAUCACUACUUCACGUCGUUCGACACUAAACUCGACGAGAAUCGUGAUAUCUUAGAGCGGACAUUGCCUGGUGUCCGGCAGCGUCGAGACGCCCUUGAAGAGGAGCUGAGAAACCUUAAUAAGCAACUUGAGAGUAAUCCUGAAUACGCUGAGAUCAGAAGCUUACAACGAGAAUUAGAAAUGCUCACUGAGAAGAACGCCCGCCUUCAAGCAGAAGCCGAGUCUUUCGAAAAGGAGACAAAUUAUGAGCCCAUCAAGGCAGAGGUGAAACGUUUGCGUGCGCUAUACAAUGAGCACUUAGUGGCAGCGGCAUCCGGGCGUAAAUGA